AUGUCCCCUCUAGACAUUGACCCCCCACUGCUCAACUCGGCAAACCCCUGGUGCACCACGCUCUCCCAAUUGCAAGACCUCUACACCAACCCCCACACUGGCGCCAUAACAACCCGCACCUCACUCCCUUCUUCCACAAACAAAGGAUUCCCCCAUGACCCCAGCAUCCACCAAUUCACCUUCUUCACCCCAGACACUCUCUCCAGCUCAACCCCAAACACAGACCUAUCAGACGAUGCCUCGACAACCGGUAGUCUCAACACCCUCGGCUACUCACCCAUCCCCCUCUCGGAAUACAUAUCCUACGUGCAAAUAAUAAGCAACACACACUGCACUUCGGUACCACUCCACAGCCGCACCACGCACAAACCCAUCAUCAUCUCGGUGACGGGCACCGCGGACCAGGUGGUGCAGUGCUACCGCCAAAUCCGCACUUGCCAGCGCACCGUCCGCAUGCAACUUGCUAUGGAAAUCAAUCUCUCGUGCCCAAAUAUCCCUGAAAAACCGCCGCCUGCGUAUUCGAGGGGGGAAUUGGCGGAGUAUUUGCGUGGGUUGGGAAGGGAGAUGUCUCUGCAACAACAGAGUAAAGAAAACGGGCAAGGAGAUGGGGAAGGAGGGAAUGAAGCAGAAGUUGCAAUAGGAAUCAAAACACCACCAUACACGUACCACGACCAAUUCCAGAGUCUAAUAGAUGCACUGCUGGAUUGUAGCGAGAAAGGAUCGUGUCCGGUGGGCUUUAUCACGGCGGUGAAUACGCUUGGCUCGUCGCUUUUGGUCGCACCAUCUUGUUUCUCCGCAACCACUUCCUCCACCGCAACCACUAUCUCCCCCUCCACCACCACAUCCUUCCACCCAACCCUCGCCUCAGCAAACGGCACGGGCAUCGGCGGUUUAGCAGGCACACCGCUGCACCCCCUCGCGCUGGGCAAUGUAUAUACCAUCACGCAGAUGCUAGCGCAGCACGAGGUGUUGAGGGGGGUACAGGUGAUUGGGGUUGGGGGUGUGGCUGAUAAAGAGGGGUAUAGGCGGAUGAGGGGGGUUGGGGCGAGAGCGGUGGGUGUGGGGACUGCGUUGGGGAGGAAGGGAGUGGGUGUUUUUGAGGAGAUUGGGGCUGCGAAGGUAGAACAAGGGGAGGGGAAGACGUGA